GGAGGUGUUUCGAGACGCACAGCAGCCGAGUCCGAGCUGCAGAGGAAAUACGGAAUUGGACUAUAUCGAAAACGCUCAAUUUCUAUGAAUUUCUCUCAAGUUAACUUUAUGACGCUACUUCAUCUUAAUGUGAUUCCUUGGAACUUUAAUCACCGUGUCAUUUUUUAAAGGAUGUAUUAUUGCUAACAUUUCAAAAAAGGAGUAGGAUCGAGUUUCCACAGAAAUGGGGAAUUACAGUCUUUGGAUAUUUCUGUCAAUUUUAUAUCUUAUGCAAAACAGCGAAGGACUGCGCUGCGUGGAUACACACAGGCCGUGCGAAAAUGAAGGAAUGUGUAUCGAUUCAAGAUGCUUAUGCCGACCUGGUUAUAUUGGUUUGCUCUGUCAGCAUCUGGACCCCUGUCAUCGCUCGCCUUGUCUAAAUGGAGCAGCUUGCAAGAGCCAGGUGGCCAACGGAAUCCCACAGUUCACCUGUGUGUGUCAGAGGGGGUUCAGAGGUCAGGAUUGUUCCCUGAUUGAUGCAUGUGCCACAAAUCCCUGUGCCAAUGGUGCCCGUUGCACCAAUUGGAAUAAUCACUACAACUGCUCAUGCCCACCUGGGUAUCAGGGCAAGAACUGUCGCAAUGAUAUUGAUGAAUGCCGCAAACCCGGAAAGUGCCUUAACGGUGGCAUCUGCAUGAACACACACGGCUCAUUCCGCUGUGAGUGCCUUGCUGGGUACAGCGGGCACACAUGCGAGGUGCCCACCCAGCCCUGCGCCCCCUCACAGUGUCUCAAUGGGGGCACCUGCCAUCAGACCGGUGACCACACCUACGAGUGUGCUUGCUUGCCAGGCUUCAGGGGACACAACUGCGAGGAGAACAUGGAUGACUGCCCUGGACACAAGUGCAUGAAUGGUGGGAUCUGUGUAGAUGGUGUCAACACGUACAAUUGUCAGUGUCUGCCUGAAUGGACAGGCCAGUAUUGUGCUGAGGAUGUCAACGAGUGUCUCAUGCAGCCCAAUGCUUGUCACAAUGGUGGCACAUGCUUUAACACUAUUGGAGGGCACACCUGUGUAUGUGUCAAUGGCUGGACUGGGGACGACUGCAGUGAGAACAUUGACGACUGUGCUACGGCUGUCUGCUUCAACGGGGCCACGUGUCAUGACCGCGUGGCCUCCUUUUUCUGCGAGUGCCCAGUGGGCAAAACUGGUCUGCUCUGUCAUCUGGAUGAUGCUUGUGUCAGUAACCCCUGCAAUGAGGGGGCAGUGUGUGACACUAACCCUCUGAACGGCCGCGCCAUCUGCACCUGCCCUGCUGGCUUUGUUGGUGGAGCCUGCAACCAAGACAUGGAUGAAUGUUCCAUUGGUGCCAACCCUUGUGAGCAUUUUGGGAAGUGUGUAAACACGGAGGGCUCAUUUCAGUGCCAGUGUGGACGGGGCUACACUGGCCCUCGCUGUGAGAUUGAUAUCAACGAGUGUCUUUCCAUGCCUUGCCAGAACGACGCCACCUGCCUGGACCGCAUCGGCGAGUUCACAUGCAUCUGUAUGCCUGGCUAUCAGGGGAAGUUCUGUGAGGUGGAUGUUGACGAAUGUGAGAGCAACCCCUGCGUAAAUGAUGGCAUCUGCCGAGACAUGGUCAAUGGCUUCACCUGCACCUGUCAGCCAGGGUUUACUGGCACCAUGUGUCAGAUCGACAUUGAUGAGUGCGCCAGCACUCCCUGCCAAAAUGGAGCCAAGUGCAUUGACCGUCCCAAUGGGUACGAAUGCCGCUGCGCUGAAGGUUUUGAGGGAAGGCUGUGCGAGAGCAACAUCGAUAACUGCAAGCCUGACCCGUGCCACCAUGGCACUUGCAUAGAUGGCAUUGCCAGUUACACUUGUAACUGUGAGCCUGGCUACACUGGCUACCGCUGCGAGAACCAGCUCAACGAGUGCCACAGCAACCCCUGCCAGAAUGGUGGCAAAUGUGUGGACCUAGUCAACAUGUAUAUCUGCCAGUGUCAACAUGGCACAUCAGGUACCAACUGUGAAAUCAACUUUGACGACUGUGCUAGCAACCCUUGUGACUACGGAAUCUGCAAAGAUGGCAUAAACCGCUAUGAAUGUGUCUGCAAACCUGGCUUUACCGGGCCUCAAUGUAAAGACGAGAUUGACGAGUGCCAGUCUAAUCCCUGUCGCAAUGGAGGAACCUGCGUAGAUGAUGAGAACGGCUUCCAUUGCCAGUGCCCUGAAGGCUUCCAUGACCCGUACUGUUAUUCACAAGUGGACGAGUGUGCCAGCAGCCCAUGUUUGCAUGGGGCCUGCAGGGAUGAUCCUAAUGGCUAUCGAUGUGAUUGUGAGCCUGGAUGGGUUGGUAAGAACUGUAACCUAGACCGAAACGAUUGUUUGCCCAGCCCCUGCCAGAAUGCAGGCACCUGUUUCGACCAGCUCAAUGGUUUCACUUGCAAGUGUCGGCAGGGUUUUAGAGGUAACUUAUGUCAAGUGAACAUCAACGAGUGUGCCUCUAGCCCAUGUCUAAAUCGGGGUACCUGUGUGGACGGAGUCGCCAGUUUUACAUGUCUCUGUGAGCCACCUUAUAGCGGACCCACCUGCGCAGAACUGCUCACACCUUGCACUCCCAACCCCUGUGCCAACCAUGGUUCCUGUGUGCACACACCUGACUACCUGGGCUACCAGUGUAACUGCCAACCCGGGUGGCAGGGUCAGUUGUGUACCAUUGACAUAAAUGAAUGCACAUCUAACCCCUGUAAGAACCGUGGGACCUGUACCAAUACUUCGGGUGGCUAUGUGUGCUCCUGCCGUGCUGGCUACACUGGACCCAACUGUGAAACAGAUAUUAACGACUGCUCACCAAACCCCUGUCUGAACGGAGGAUCCUGUACAGAUGGAGUAAACUCAUUCCGCUGCAGCUGUCUGCCAGGCUUCACAGGGACACGCUGUGCUACCGAGGUAAAUGAGUGUCAGAGCGCCCCCUGCAAGAACGGAGGCACUUGCACGGACUACGUCAACAGCUACACUUGUACUUGCAAACCAGGCUUCACAGGCCUACUCUGUGAGACCAACAUACCAGACUGCACUGAAAGCUCCUGUUUUAAUGGAGGCACCUGCACUGACGGGAUCAACGGCUUCAAAUGUACCUGCCGGUCAGGAUUCACUGGAGAUUACUGCCAGUACGAGGUGAACGAGUGUGACUCUCAGCCAUGCCUUAACGGAGGAGUUUGUCAAGAUGCCCUCGAGUCAUAUCGCUGCUCGUGUCCAAAAGGCUACACUGGUCCCCGUUGCCAGUAUCCAGUUGAUUGGUGCAGGCCUUCUAACCCAUGCAAGAAUGGUGGUCGCUGCAGACAGAAAGAUGCCUCCUUCACAUGUGACUGUUUGGGAAGCUGGUCAGGUCGUUAUUGUGACAUCCCAGGAGUGUCUUGUGAAGUUGCAGCCAGACAGAGAGGACUCCAAACAGAUGAGCUUUGCCACCAUGGUGGACACUGUGUCAAUACUGGCAACACGCACUACUGCAAAUGUCCCGCAGAUUACACAGGCAGUUACUGUGAGUCCCAGUUUGACCACUGUGAGGACAAACCUUGCCUCAAUGGUGCCACCUGUAGGAGCUACAUGGGAGGAUUCAACUGCGAUUGCAUGCCUGGUUAUGAGGGGAACAACUGCGAGAGAGAGGUCAAUGAGUGUCAGUCUCAUCCGUGUCAGAAUGGAGGAACCUGCAUUGACCUGGUGGGACAUUACAUCUGCUCCUGCCCUCCAGGCACACUGGGGGUCCUCUGUGAGAUAAACGAGGAUGACUGCUCAACUCCCUCAUGGCCUCGGGUGAUGCCCAAAUGUCAAAAUAAUGGCACCUGUGUGGACAGGGUUGGAGGGUACAGGUGUAACUGCCCUCCCGGCUUCACUGGAGAACGCUGUGAGGGAGACAUUAAUGAGUGCCUUUCCAACCCCUGCAACCCCUCCAACAGCUUGGAUUGCAUACAGUUGCCCAAUGAUUACCAAUGCAUGUGCAAACCCGGCUUCACAGGACGAGGGUGUCAGAAUAGAUUCAGUGUGUGCGAGUCUCAGCCCUGUAAGAACGGAGGAGUAUGCUCCAUGUCCGGCAGCUCACCACUGGGAUACACUUGCACCUGUCAGCUUGGGUAUGCAGGUGCUAACUGUGAGAGGAGCAUGAAUUGCAAAGAGCUGCCUUGCUACAAUGGUGGCAGCUGUACUCUCACCUCACGAGGUGCACGUUGCACCUGUAUUCUGGGCUUUGGCGGGCCUCUGUGUCAACACCGCAGCAAUGAGGGCUGCUCCUCCAAACCUUGCCGCAAUGGAGGCUUGUGUACAGAGGAAACCAGCUUCCCUUUUUUCCACUGCCAGUGCAUCAAUGGCUGGAAAGGCAUACGAUGCGAACAGGAACCCAGGCUGCUGCCACUUCCUCCUCCUUGCCCUAUUGCUGAAUGUCAUGGCAAGGCCAAUGACGGUGUGUGUGAUAAAGAGUGCAAUUCGUUCGCCUGCCGCUGGGAUGGAGGUGACUGCUCUCUGGCUGCGAACCCCUGGGCACGCUGCUCAGACCCUCGCUGCUGGCGGCUCUUCAACAAUAGUCAAUGUGAUGAGUUCUGCAACAAUGCAGAGUGCCUUUAUGAUAACUUCGACUGCAAGAACAAAGAGAAAGUCUGCAACCCCAUCUAUGAGACAUACUGUACAGACCAUUACGCAGAUGGGCUCUGCGAUCAAGGCUGCAAUACUGAAGAGUGUGGCUGGGAUGGACUGGAUUGUGCAGAGAAAAUUCCAGAAGACCUUGCGGAAGACGUGCUGGUUAUUGUAGUUCUGCUGCCUCCCGAGGAGCUACUAAGGACACAAACUGCUUUCCUGCAAAAACUAAGUGCAAUACUGCGCACCACAUUGCGUUUCCGCCUUGAUCAGAAUGGGGAAUACAUGAUCCGACCCUAUAAAGGACGUGAGACACGCAUUAAACGGGAGCUUCAACCUCAGCAAGAGGUCAUUGGGUCUAUUGUAUACUUGGAUAUAGACAACAGGCUCUGCUCCCAGGGUUCGGAUGACUGUUUCCGCAAUGCUAACAGUGCUGCAGAAUACCUAGGUGCUUUGUCUGCUAGGGAGAUGUUGAAUUUCCCAUACCCCCUGAAAGAAGUGCGCAGUGAAAAAAUGAAAGAUCCUGAUGAGAUUCCCGAAUGGGGUAAGCUACUGCUAGUAGGGGUAGCUUCUCUCUUCUUGUUGGUUAUCUUGAUGGUGGGCAUGUUGAUUGCCCGCCGCAAACGUGAACACAGCACACUCUGGUUCCCUGAGGGCUUCUUCCUCAAGAAGGAAACAAGCAGUAACAAGAACCGCAGAGAACCUGUGGGCCAAGAUUCCCUGGGCAUGAAACACAUGCCAAAGACAGUGGAAGAGUCUCUAUUGGCAGAUCACAGUGACCAGUGGGUAGACACAGACUGCCCAGAGGCAAAACGACUUAAGGUGGAAGAGCCCAGUAUUCUGUCCGAUGGUGAGGAUGCAGUUGACAGCAGACAGUGGACACAGCACCACUUGGCAGCGGCAGAUAUCCGUAUGCCACCUUCCAUGGCUCUCACACCUCCACAGGGAGAAUUUGACAGCGAUUGCAUGGACGUCAAUGUCCGAGGCCCUGAUGGCUUCACACCCCUUAUGCUGGCAUCCUUCUGUGGAGGUGGGCUGGAGCCAGAGGUGACCGAAGAUGAUGAUUCAGAAGAAUGCUCCGCCAACAUCAUAUCCGACCUCAUUUACCAGGGAGCAUCGCUUGCAGCUCAGACCGACCGCACUGGAGAGACCGCUCUGCACCUGGCUGCACGCUAUGCCCGAGCUGACGCAGCUAAACGACUCCUGGAUGCUGGGGCUGAUGCAAACGCACAGGAUAACACAGGCCGCACACCUCUGCAUGCAGCUGUAGCAGCUGAUGCCCAGGGGGUUUUCCAGAUUCUGAUCAGGAACCGUGCCACAGACCUGGAUGCACGCAUGUAUGAUGGCUCCACUGCUCUGAUCCUUGCAGCCCGUCUGGCAGUAGAAGGCAUGGUAGAAGAGUUGAUCACCUGCCAUGCUGAUGUCAACGCUGUUGAUGAAAUCGGAAAGUCAGCUUUGCACUGGGCAGCGGCAGUCAACAAUGUUGAAGCUACAGUUGCCUUGUUGAAGAAUGGUGCCAAUAAAGAUAUGCAGGACCUUAAGGAGGAAACUCCACUAUUCUUGGCUGCCAGGGAAGGUAGCUGUGAGGCUGUGAAGGUGUUGUUGGCUCACUUUGCCAACAGGGAGAUAACGGAUCACAUGGACAGGCUCCCUCGAGAUAUCGCCCAGGAGCGCAUGCACCAUGACAUUGUACAGCUACUGGAUGAAUAUAACACUGUGAGAAGUCCGCAGGGCCAUCCAGGGGCAGGUCACCACCUGUCUGGUAGCCACACCCUCUCACCACUCAUGUGCCCUCCUAGCAACUUCCUCCAAGGGCUAAAAAGCACACCGCAUGGUAAGAAGAACCGUCGCACAGGGGCUAAAAGCAUAGGUGGGCAGCACGCUAGCAGCCUGAAAGAUUCAGCCAAAGGACGCAACAAACGGCUGACGCUAGACAUGCAGAGUGCUUUGCUGGAGAGCUCCGUCACGCUCUCCCCCGUCGACUCGCUAGAUUCACCACGCGGAGGUGCCAGCAACGCCGGCUACAUCACCAAUCCGACCUCACCGGCCGCCAUGCCCUCUCCAGGCCUUUUCCACUCCUCCAUGUCUGUCCCUACCACUCCAAUGGUGCACAGCAGUAUCUUGGAUGGCACCAGUCCUUUUGCAGUCUCCCUAGCUCAGCUGAGCAACCUGAGUGAUGGUGGGCUCUCCAUGCAGGGGCGUGUGGCCAUGCAAGGAGGCAUCAUCAACCAAGGCCCUCACAACUGUGUGCUGAAUGGCGGCCAGAUGAGCCUCAACAUGGGCAUGGUAAGUCCAGUAAGCGUGCCAUUUGACUGGCACAACCGCAUGCCUCCAUCUUCUCAGUGCAGUCAGCCCAUGGUCAGCAUUAUGCAUCCAGCAAGUAGCCAAGCAGGCAUGAUCCCUCAGACACCAACGCUGCAGCAAAGCAACAUGCUCAUGCACCAGCAGCAGAUGUUCCGUAAUGCCCAGCAGCCCAUCCUGCAGCCGACACCCAUCUCCAACACACCCUCUAUUAGCCCGGUCAAACUGCCACCCAUUGCAGAGCAGCAGCCGCAACAACUUCACAGCCACGCCCUUACCAAUCCCAACCUCACCCGCAUGGGCUCCUCCACUCCCCCGACCCCACAACAGGCACAGCCUCCUCCAGCUUUCUACCAGCCACAGCAGCCACAGACUCAGCCACCGCAGGCCUUGGCAGCCCCUCAGGCUUCGCAAGCACAGGCUAUCCCGUCUCAGGCACCCCCGGCACAGGCGAGCGUUAGCACCGCAGGCCCGGAGGAUUACCCCACACCGCCCUCCCAGCACAGCUGCAGCUCUGCCAUGGAUGCAACACCCAAGCAUUAUCUACAUGUGCCCAGUGAACAUCCUUACCUGACCCCUUCUCCAGAGUCUCCAGAGCCCUGGUCCAGUCCCUCCCCUCACUGUGUGUCCGAUUGGUCUGACUCCACCCCCAGCCCAGCCGUCACGGCUCCUGCUCAAACCCAGAUUUCGCAUGUCCAGGAGUCCAAUGGGAAGAUGCAGGUGUUUGCUUGAGCAGCUCAACCUACCUUAAAUGUUUGUGACUUUGAGAGAGUAGAGUUGACGAGCGUUUUUUACUUACCUGUCAGCCCAUUUCCAAGAUUUUAAUUGGAUUAGGAUUGACUGUUUUGCGUCAAGAAGACCGUCUGCUGGUGUCCGCAGAAAGAAAGUAAAAGGGAAAUUUGUGUUGUCUUAAAAAUAAAAGACAAUUUAAUGAAGUAAGACGUUCUGUCACAGAUGGACUUGUUUUUUAAUUAUAAAAAAGUAUAUGAAGUAUACCACGUCUUUCAUUUCAAAGACUUGGGGACACUCCUGAAACUAACAAACUUUAAAAAAAAAAAAAAAAAUAGAUUGAGAGAAAAGUGAAAUGUUGAAGGAAAUUCCUUUCUUUUUAUUUAUUGUCUUAUGUUUUUUCCAAACUGCCUUGGGGGUGUUUUCACCCUCUUUCUGUCUCUGUUGUUUUUAGUGACCCCCAUAACAACUGCCUUACUACUCCCAAUAUAUUACGUGGGACUCGUGAGGUCUCCUCAGGUUCCAUGUUACUACUGUUACAAGAGGAGCAACUCAUGAUUGCUUAGUUUGCCUUUUCCGCCCCAGUUUCAUCAGCAAUUGAUACAGUCAGAACUUAUACACCAGGCUUUUAAGUGACACGCACACACACAUAAUGAGAUUAGAAUUUUUACAAAUUUUAGUGAUAUUUAUUUAGUCUAGCUUUCAGAAACAGAUCGGCACAUGAAAACAGAGGUAUAUAGAGACCAAUACAAGUGAAAUAUUCUGAUUUAAAAUUAUUUUAUAUGUUUUGUAAAAGUAUUUGUAUGAAUGUAGAGGGGCAUCUGUGAAGCACUUCAAGGGGAAAAGCUUGAGAGAGAGAGAGAGAGAGAGAGAAAGGUAAAAAAGGUAAGAAAAAACCCUGAAAUCAUAGUUCAGCAUUUAUAACAACAGUGCAUAUAAGCGCCUCUCUAAAACAGGCCAGUGUUUAGAAUGUUUUCAGUGUUGGCGUUGUAUCAGUGGAAAUUAUUUUACUGAACAUAGUUUCUUAAGUGACCUCACCGACUUACAUAGGCCUGAGCUGGCCAACGCUCUACCCGUUCCCUCUCAAAAUCCCAGCCAGUCACUGCCUUAUAGUCUUGCCUUGUGUAAAUUUGUUUUCUGUUUGUCUUUUUAUAACCACAUUUUUGGAACCACAGUUACCUGUGGAACAUUGAUGUAUUAAGCUGUGUUAUUAGGCUGCUGCUCUGCGUCACUUCUUCAGUGACAGCCAACUUUUUUUCCGCUAACAUUCCUGAUCAGAACCCACCAACCAGCACUCGUGGAGCCGAUGACCGUUGCGGAACUGAUCUCACUGUGUUCCUGAGCCCUCACAAGCACUUCAUUUCAAUACUGAACAGCUGCAGCUGACACUUGACCACUAGAAAGUCUUCCUCUGGGGCUUUAUGAAGCCAAGGCAGUGUGGUUGAUUUAGUUUAAUGUAAUUUGAUCCCUCAGGUCCAGCAUUUCCAUGUGGUCUAAUCAUAUUCCAGCUCCUUUUGGUUUGGAUAGCAAGCAUAUGUGUUGUGUGUUGGGUACGUGGCUAACGGGGUUCUAAUGGUCUGCUAUUGCUCUGUCACUCCUCAGGGAGGUGUUAUACAGCAUGCAGUGUUGUCUGCAUCUUUAGCAGUUCCCACCCCAUCAGCUUAGACGAUGACAUCUGUCGUGUCUGGUCAGAAGGUGUGAGAUGGGAAACACUACCAUGUAGUGAUGCCCCUGGCUUUCUGUAACAUGUCCGUAUGUUCAUCCCUUUUCAGUUUUCCCAACUGUAAGACCUGCAUUUGAUGACACUGACAGCUGUUUUCGUGCUAUCGCCAAGAGGAACACACCCAUUUCACUGAAUUAUGGCACAUAAACAUUGCUUUCAGCCAUACAUUAUUAUUU